UUAAUUCUUGACCUGCUGGCGACGCCGAAAUCAAUCACGCCACAUCGCGGGCGGGCAUGACACGUCUGGGCUAUGAUGCUCUCACACAACGCCACUGUUUGUCCUGUCGAUCCCCGCUCACCACCUCGUGGUCCACGCACAUGGCCCCGCCGGAUGACGGGAACGGCUCGCCCUCAGCGCGGGAAGGAGAGAGCAGCCUCAAGACUCUCAAGUACCAUCUCCUGGGUCCGUCGUUGACAAAGGCGGGCCAAGAAAAAGUUGAUCAAGGCAAGGUAUCCGAGGUUAUUUACAACGCGUCCAAAGGGUCCAAGUUUUUUCGCCGAGAAGAAGAGCGAGACAAGGUUCUCACAAAAAAAAUUGAGCAAAUCCUCCAGCGCAAACGCGAACUGGAUAACCGGGAACUUACCCACGAGCUACGUCUUGCCGACCGGCUGAUCGCAGAGCUCGAGGUUGCGCGGGACCUCACCCAGCACGUCAUUCACAUUGACUGCGACGCCUUUUACGCUGCUGUGGAGCAGCUUGAACGCCCAGAACUGAAGGAUUUGCCGUUUGCAGUCGGCGGUGGAGUCCUGACGACCUGCAAUUAUGUUGCUCGGCAGUAUGGCUGCCGCUCCGGCAUGGCUGGCUUUGUAGCCAAGAAGCUGUGCCCCGAGCUCAUAUUGAUCAAGCCAAACUUUCAAAAGUACACAGCAAAAGCCCACGAAAUCAGAGAGAUUUUGGCGGAGUAUGAUCCACGAUUCGAAAGUGCGAGUGUCGAUGAGGCCUAUCUCAACAUUACGGAGUAUUGUAUCGAGCACAGCGUCGAGCCUGCGGAAGCAGUGGAGCAGAUGCGACGGGAGAUACACCAAAAGACCAGCAUCACCGUCUCCGCGGGCAUAGCCGCCAAUACGAAGCUUGCCAAGAUCUGCUCCAACAUGAAUAAGCCCAACGGACAGUAUGUGCUGCCCAACGACAGAAACGCCAUCAUGGGAUUUAUGCGCGACUUGCCGACAAGAAAAGUCAACGGCAUUGGGAGAGUCUUGGAGCGUGAGCUGCUAGAGGUAGGCAUCAACACGUGCGGCGACCUCUACGGGCAGAGACAGUAUUUGAACCCACUUUUUGGGGAGAAGACGUUUGAAUUCCUCCUCACCUGCUAUCUCGGAUUGGGUCGCACCAAGAUCCAACCCGCCGAAGAUUACGAGCGGAAGAGUAUCGGCACCGAGGGCACUUUUGGCGAGGUGUCUGACCCACACAGACUUCGAGAAAAGCUGCGAAGUAUAGCGCAAGAGCUUGAGGAGGACAUGAGCCGAGCCGGGUGCAAGGGGCGCACCCUUUGUCUCAAGGUCAAACUCCACACAUUCGAGGUUUUCACUCGUCAGGUCGUCACGCCGAAAGCCAUUUGCCUUGCCGAUGACCUCUACAGGUUCUCGCUGCCCAUGCUCGCGAAACUCGAGCAGGAAAUGCCGGGUAUGAAACUCCGGCUGAUGGGCUUGCGUUGCACACACUUGGUCAAGACCAAAAAACCUGAUACGAUGGCCUUCUUUGGCUUCAGGCAGCGGCGAACUGGGCUGGACGGAUCCAGUGACCCGACAGACCUGAAACGGAAGGGUGUGGAGGCAUCAGAAGAGCAGGAUUCCUGGGGGUAUCUUGAAGAAGACAUGGGGGCUGGCGAGGCGCCCGAUGACCCCAUUGUCAUGGCACCGGAUGGUGCGGCAGAGUACGAUACUUUGACAUCAUUUGCUAAGCACGGCAAAGAAAUUAUUCCCAACCCGAAGAAGCCGAAGCCAGACAUGGGAGACGAGUGGUGGGAUUGUCCAAUUUGUGCUCGCCCACAGGUGGCGGACGAGCGACAGUUCAACGAGCACAUAGACUUGUGUCUCUCCCGUCAGACAAUCCGGGAUGCCGUCCAGCAAGACGGCUCAGAGCGGCCGCGCUCAAACACUCCUGAGGCGAAGAGACCCAGACUUGCUGAGAAGAAUAGGGGUAAAUCGUCAGCUAUGGAUUCGAAGCAGAUGAAGCUUUUCUUUGGCUGAGUCUCCUCUGGUUCAUGCAUCAAAAUACGCACAUCACGAAGUGGUCGCUGGCUGGAAACUCUGACGGCAAUCGGCUCGUCGACAGAAGCUCGCUGUGACGACCAAUCCUCUGACAAGACCGACACUGCCAUCCCUCCCUCAGAAGCCAAACAUAUUAUCAUCCUCCACAUACCCCCAAUCUAGUUUGAAAAUGGUCAGCAGAUCUGCGGCAUCCAACCGGUUGCUGUAAACGUCGACUGACCUUUGAGGGCCGGUAGGGCGGCCUUUUGGAUCAUGGCCGGCGGCCCGCACAAGAAUGUAACUGAGUCUUUGGCUGGUGGGAACAGGUUGGCGGUGAUGAUGUCCUUGUUGACAUAACCCUUCAACCCUUUCCAGUCAUCCUCUGGUUUGCUCAGGACGUGAGUAACAAGAAGUUGUCCGUUGGAUUCGUCUUCGAAGUGCUUGAGCGAGCUUCGCAGGAGAAUGUCGGCCUGGCUCUUGUUCGCGUCGAUGGCCCUGAUCAUGGUCUUGUCGUUGCCGCCGAGCAGGAUACGUGCGAUUAGCGAAUACCCUGGGGUCAAACCAGACCCGCCGAGAACGAGGGAAACGCGAUUGAAGUGACGCGUCAUGCCUUCAAUCACAAAAUCGCCGUUCCCAAUGUACACUAUCUCCCCCGUUGGUCCGCGGAUUUCGACCUCCUCCCCUAUGGGCAUGCAAUCCAGAAGAUUGGACAUGGCCCCGCCCGGUUGGGUUUCGUCUGGAAAGUACGUCUUGAUUGUCAAGUCAAAUGUCCCGUCGUCGUCCUCGACCGCUUGGAGGUUCUUCUUGUGGCCCAGACGAUUACCGUUGAUCUUGGCUUCCGAAGGUGGCGGAAGAACUGGCCGGGUGGGUGUGUAGCUUCGCACCAGCAUUCUGUCUUUGAGGUGGAACCCAACCUGGACAUGUUGGCACGUUCCCAAGCCGAGUACCGGCUUGUUCCCCGGAAGCUCAAAGGUGUAGGUCCUCGUAUCCUCGGAGACUUUGGUUUUCUUGAUGAGCUUGACGGGAACCCAUCGAUGUUUCUGGAGCGUGACCUGCUCUGAACUGGACGCCGAGUCGGCGAUUUCCUUGGCUGCGGCUUCUGCGUUUGCCUUGAUGAAGUUGGCAGCCUUCUUGGUGACGACACCCAAGAUGCAGUCUGCAACGGUGUCAGCGGGGGUAGUCGGGCACCAGCAUUACUCUGCAGCCACGCAACAUACCCUUCAAUUUUUGGUACGCAAAGUCAUCAUGGAUGCUGGCAAACUCAUCGCUCGUCUCCUGGUGCACCUUCCCAGCAUGGCCCAGAAUGGCAGCGGCCCCGCCAGGAUGCCAGUCCAGCACGCUCGUGGCGUCGUAUACUUUUCCGUCCACAACAAUCCAGCAGUCGUCUUGCUUGUCGUGUUUCUCAAUCUCCUUGCGAGUGAACUCUUUCUGCGGCGCUCCGGCUUCCUGCUUGGCGUCCGCGAUGCGGUUCUCAACGCUGGGUUUCAUCCAUCCGCCGUUGCCGGGUCCGGGCUCAGUGGGAUGCCUAAAGAGGAUUGAUGGCGUCUCUGAAUCUUCUGGUUCCACGAUUUCUGGCUGGACGACGUACCAGCAGUUGUUCAUCAUGCCCAUUAUGUUCCAGUUAUAGUCUCUAGGUU